AUGAGCAGUUAUCAUAUCAACACUGAUGACGAGGUAGACGUACCCGCAGAGGCUAUUCGCAUUAUAGACCCGCAGGAGCUGCAAGACGUGGUAUAUUGGACAGAGUUGCCAGUAGGAACACAAGUCCAGAACAUCACUGCUCACGGUGUUAACCUGUGGACGCGCACUGCAAAGAUAGAAGCCAAGACAGAUGGAAUUCCCGCCAAGUACUUCCUCAAGGUACCGUCCAAUCAGAUAGCCUCAGCGACCUUAACUUAA